CGCUACCAGAUGGAGCAACUAACGCAAAGCGGCUGGUGACUUGGUUUGGCGUGUUCAGUACUCAGCAAGAUUCAAACGGCAACACUUCGUAAAACGUUGCGCUGUCCGGAAGUUCCGCUUGGAAAGAGCAGAAGUUGCCUCGUCAUAACCGCACCUAGGCUUCAUUUCAUACUUCACUUCCAUCGUCUCUAUCGUUGAUGAACGAAAGAUGCUAAUGCCGUUCUUGUAACACCUUGUACCUGUCAGUUUUCACCUAAGCUGUUUAAUACUAAUUGCGUUGGGAAGUGCUCGUUCAGUGGCUCAGUUAAAGUGUUUCAGCAUGUUUUGAGGGCCAGUUUAAAUUCCUGCCCUACAAAGUGAGGUGACCGUAGUCGGCAAAUUUAACAAACCUUAGCAAACGAAUAUUUUAAAGAGCUCCGUGCGUGAAAUCUGUGCAAAGUUUAGCGACACUAGCGGUACAACCGGCUCGAGGUGCGAUCGAUAGCAUCGUGCUAUGAGAAGGGCACUACCACUGAACAGCUGAUGAGCGGCCUACAAACAUUCGAGGCCCUCUUCCUCAUGCUUCUAGCAACGUCGGGGGUCUCUUCUAACACUACGAGCAAAACAGGGACGGCACCUGCAACUAACGUCGUCGUCGAGGAACCAGAGUUUACAGAUGUUAUAGAAAAUGUUACAGUGCCUGCCGGGCGGAACGUCAAACUGGCUUGUUCCGUCAAAAACCUAGGAUCAUACAAAGUAGCGUGGAUGCACUUCGAGCAGUCCGCAAUCCUUACUGUACAUAAUCAUGUAAUCACAAGGAAUCCUCGCAUCAGUGUCACGCACGACAAGCAUGACAAACACAAAACCUGGUUCUUACACAUAUCAAACGUCCAGGAAGAGGACAAGGGCCGGUACAUGUGCCAAAUCAACACAGUCACUGCGAAGACGCAGUUUGGCUAUCUUCAUGUGGUGGUUCCUCCAAACAUUGACGAUUCGCUAAGUUCAAGCGAUGUAAUCGUUCGGGAAGGUUCCAAUGUGACUCUCAAAUGCAGAGCUACGGGCAGUCCAACGCCCACAGUUAAAUGGAAGCGAGACGACAACUCUAAAAUAGCCAUUAAUAGAUCGUUAAACGUACUCGAGUGGGAAGGAAAUUCCAUCGAAAUUACGAAAAUUUCGCGCCUAGACAUGGGCGCAUACCUCUGUAUUGCAUCGAACGGUGUACCGCCCACGGUGUCAAAGCGAAUUAAAGUCAGCGUUGACUUUCCACCGAUGCUGUGGAUACCGCAUCAGCUGGUAGGUGUUCCGCUGUACUUCAACGUGACAUUGGAAUGUUUCACCGAGGCGCAUCCGACAUCGUUGAACUACUGGACGCGAGAGGACGGUCACAUGAUUCAUGACUCCAAGAAGUACAGAACCGAGUCCAAUGUAGGAAUGCCAAUCUACAAAACGCACAUGCGUUUGCACAUUUACAACAUUCAGCAGACGGACUAUGGAACGUACAAGUGUGUCGCUAAGAAUCCCCGCGGAGAAACAGAUGGAACAAUUAGACUUUACACGUCCACACCACCGACGACAUCUCCCGGGCCACCAACAACCGAAUCCUACUCCGACCUUUGGUCCAACCGGAACCUCAAUGAUUCUGCCGGUGGUCUGCCCCAUCACCACGGUGGACAGCACUCGAAUUCCUAUUCUGGGCACGUGGUUGAUAAAAACUCGAAAUACUCAUCCAAUCUAAAUGAAAUUGAUCGAUCCGAGCAAAAAUCGUUCGAUACCAAUAUCAUCUAUUGGCCACCAGAAACUAAUCGGAACAAUCAAGGUGCCACUACUACUACAACCCGCAGUACUCUGUCCAUUAUUUUAAACACAAGUAUGCUACUUUUGGCAAGGUUUAGCUUACAGUAACUAGAAAUCAAAAUAUAUUCUGUAAACUAAGGGCAACUGUCUGCGCACAGCAAAGUGAUAGAAAAUGUUUCGCUAGCAAAACAGCUUAACAUCUUGAUGUUCUAAUUGGCAACCAAAUAGGACAAGCAAAUCGUAACAACAAGGGUGGCAAAACUAUGCUACUGCAUUCGCAGCUAACACAACAAAGAUCAACUAUUUCAACACAUAUAACUGAAUGCAGGGUUUAUAAACAUAUAUACUAAAUGACAAAUAUAUAUAUACAUAUACACAGACAUAUACCAAUUAUACAAAUAUAUUAAAAUGAGCAAAAGUCACUGACGUCAUAUACACUCAACUUGUAGCCAAAAUGAGAGAAAAAAAGCACAACAAAACAUACCAUCAGCAAAGUGUGAAAUGUACGACAGGUUACCAAACUUCUGAUAAAUUUCAGCAUAUCUCAAUCAUCUCAAACUGCACACCAUCAGUAGCAUUUACUUGUGUCACGAGCCCCUAUAUAGAUUCCAAAAGGCUGGCUUAAGGUGUACGAAAACCACAUUGUACCAAAAUAACGAGUAUACCGAGAAGUAAGAAAGCUUAGUAAAGUAGCACCACAUUUAGCCAUCCGGGGAAGAGCGGGAAGUGUUCGUAAUUAAAUUUAUCAGCUACGGGAAUAAGCACUCCAUUACCUUCGUCGAUUUGCAUCGCGCAAAAAUAAGGAGAGACAACACACAACUAAGAAACAAACAGUUGAGCUUAUGUUUUUUUGUGUUUUCGUUUAUUUCUCACCCUGAAGGUAUUUCUGAUGAAAUAACACAGCUUUAUAAGAAGCAUAAGGAGCAGAUGCAGCAGAAGCAUUCCUACAAAGAAUAUCUAUGUGUCCAAAAAACAUGCCACGAAAUGUUUGAACACGAUACUACGUUCUCAAAAACAAACCAAGUAUCGUGUUUGAGUGUAGUAAACGCAACCAUUCGGUAAAAAAAAAAACAAUCGAAUAUUUACAUCAGGGUACCUCAACACAAGAACAAAUUCUUUUGCUAGAACUGAAGAACACUAACUAAAGAAUUCACUUCCAGAAGAGGGUAAAAUUCCCAAGCCUGUAUAUUAGUACGGAAGCUUGUAUUAUUCGACUGAAAAGGUUAUCUUUAACAAGUAUAAACAAACAUUGAAAAGGCACAUUUAUGACCACAUAUCAGUAAUGGCGAUUUGAAGGAUAGUUUUUAAUAGAACACAAGCAUUGUUAGAAAGAUUUGUAAGGUCUUGUAACAUUUAUGACUAACGUUCGUUUUGUAUACUGCGCGCAUUCCAGUUGUACCAAUAUUUAAAACAAAUAAUACAGUAUAAUAGUGGACUUGCUAUUAUUUCGAUUGUGAUUUUGUGCGAGUUUAAGAAGCUCACGUAGUAAUGUAUAAGUUUUUAUUAUUACCUAAAACUGCUCCACUCGCGGCAUGAGCUAGUCACAGAUAAUAAGCAAUGAGGCAAUGCUAGGGAACCAAAAUUUGCUCCCAUCUUAAAUGCACUUGUGAAACAAAUUGAAUGCGAUUUUCGAAUCUUUUUUUUUCUAUUCGCAACGGCUCAAACGAUGCAUUCGAAAUUACUCUUUGGACGAUAAUUGGAUUUCUUUUGCAACUGCCCCUCAAACAACCCCCUCCCCCCAUCCACACACAAUUGUAGAACCACAAUUUGGCCACCAUUUCAACGGAAGCAGGCAGGAAAAAAGGACAAAACUUCUAGCACCACUAAAUCAUCCAACCAUUUGCCCAUUCGUGGGCCCAACUUUGGGAAACGAAAAACUUUUGCACGACAUGGUACGAGAUGUUCAAACCCGUCAUGUUCAGUUCAGUGGGAAGUUCCUUGAAUUCAAUGUUUUUUUUUGUUCUUUCUUUCAUUCAGUUCGCAAAGAUUUCUGCAAAUAUGAAUCGGCAGAAACGUCCCAUGAGUUUUUGCGUCAAUAAUCCAUUUUUAUCACGAAAUUUUGCAGAGUAGAUUUUAAUUUAAAAAAAGCAAAAACGCGCAUUCUUCAAGAUGCAUGCAUACAUUUUUUAUCGGAAAUAAAGAUGCACCUCAGUUUAAUCACAGCACAGACGUACCAUUUCAUUCGAAAAUUACACUAAAGCAAAGCUCGACGUAUUUGUUUAUUUUGUGAAAUGGCAAACAUACCCUUCAAGACAAAUGAUGUGCCAAAAAUUGCGAUCCUUAAGCUCAUGCAUCCGUUUGCAAACGCAUUGGUACUCUUAUCAAUGCUUCUGUGUUUAUUGUUACGUUGUUAGGUUGUAAGUGAUAUUAAUUAUAGCGGAUGGGAAUAUAAGAGGGAUGGAUAAAUAAUCGCUAAUGGCAGUCGAAUAGUUGUUCGAAAAUAGAACAUUAUAAUACAUUAUCGGCGUAUGUUAAUAUGAGUAAAAAGACAUUUUAGUGACGACGAUGUUGCCGCAAGGAAUGCGAAAAAUUAGUCCAACAACGAGAUAUACGUACAACAUGAAUUUAACUUAAAUGUGUAUCUAAGAAAACUGUAAGUAAAGGGCGAUAGGACCAUAGUAGCUAUUUAUCGGGCAUUUGUUUCUGUUGUUUGUGAACACCGAAAUACACAUCUAUUGUUUGUACAGUAUCACGCCAGGAAUCGAUGUGCAAUCAAAUUAAACGGCUAAAUGUUCCACUAUGAGAAUUAAGAUAUAAUAUGCAAAACCAUGUAAAGAAAAUCAUCAUCUGUACUAGAACACGUAGUACACGUUCGGGAAAGAAAGCUUCCUUCGCCAAAACAACUGUAACAACGGACCGUUGCUAUCAAACAUUCUGAACAAUUAGGGUACACAACCAGUAAUAAAAGCUUUGAGUAAAAAAAAGGUUAUCUAGAA